AUGAUAUUGACAAGGCCUUAUCAUCUAGUAGUUCGUUUUGCUAAUAUUACAAAUAAAUAUUUAUUAUACCGUUGUUCUUCAUCAACAGAUCGAUGUGAAACAAUUUCAGCAGCCUUAAAACAAUUUUAUUUAAAAGUUCAUCCUGAUUUAUUUUCUCAAUAUCCAAAAGAAAAAGAUGUUAAUGAAAAAAGUUUACAAUUGGUUAGUGCCUAUCUUUCUGGACUACAACGUAAAGAAUAUAUGGCAUCAAUCAGUGUUACUUUCUUUACAAAAUCAUCGUCAAAGUCAUCUCCGCCUGCACAGAUUUCAUUAAUUUCUCAUCGUAUUACACUCAAUUCAAAUGAUCUUUUAGCUAGUGUAAAUAGCAUAUUAACUGCAUUGAAUUUACCUAUUGUUAAUAGACCAAAAGAACAAAAACAAAUUCUUAAUUUUUGUUUUUUUGGAACAUGGUUAACAAAUAAUGUUGAAGCAGCACGUAUUAUAGCUAAACGACAUCAAGAAUUACUAAAUGAUAUCAAUGAUAAAGUUAAUAGUAUUAAAGAACGUUUUAAACUUAAAUCAAUUGAAUAUAGUGAUGAGUGGUCUGUACCACAAUUUUCUACUUGUUUAAGAACAUUAAUUAUGUAUGCUGAUAAAUGGCAUAACAAACUUUUAACUUUACAAGGUAAACGACUUAUAUUUGGAGAUAAAUCAUGUUUACUUCAAGAUGGUUCACUUGAAUUAAGUGCUAAUGAUCCACCUAUUUAUUGGGAUCAUGUUAUUUGUUGUGAAUUACUUGAGUCAAAUAAAUAUAUGGAAAAAAUAGCCUCAUAUGAAAAUAAUCUUAGUCAAUAUUUUCAUGGUAUUAAAAUUGGACAAGAUCCUGAUUCCGAAUAUUUAUGUCGUGCACAUACAUAUUUAUAUCAUCUUAUACAAUUAAGUUCACAUCUUAAUUUAAAUUGCCAUCAUGAAGCACAUAGAAAAAUAUCAUGGACAAAUUUUUAUUUAUUUAUAAAUCCAUAUAGUUCCGAAGCAUCAUUAACAAAUAGUGGAUUUUUUCAAAUCAAUGCAUUUGAUGCUACUAUGGAUAUAUUAGAUUUUAUGAUUGCUAAUAGAAAACAAGCUGAAGAAACAAGAAUAUUAUAUGAAAAAGAUGUUGAAAAAGAACGUAAUUUACUUGAAAUAAUAAAAGAACAAUUUAAUUUAACUGAUAUACUAAUAAAUCGACGAUUAAAAAAAAGUGAUAUUAAUCAAUGUUGUCAACGUUUACUUAAUGAACGUCAACAUUUUUUAAAUAUCUUAACAAAAUGUCGUCUUAAAAUUGAUAAAAAUUAUAAUUUAGCACAAAAUGGUACUAUAUCAAUACCAUGGGAUUGGUCAUUUUCACCAAAUGAAACACUUUCAAUUUAUAUGCUUCGUUUCUUAGGUCGUGUUGUUGUUGUUACUGGUGCUGGUAAUGGUUUAGGAAAAGAAUAUGCACUUGCAUUUGGUGAACGUGGUGCAAGUGUUGUUGUUAAUGAUCUAGGUGGGAAUCCAUCAGGUGAUGGUAGUCAUUCAGCUCGACCAGCUGAUGAAGUUGUUAAACUUAUUCAAUCACGUGGUGGAAAAGCUGUAGCUGAUUAUCAUUCCGUUGAAGAUGGAAAAGCUGUUAUAGACACAGCAAUUAAGAAUUUUGGUCGUAUUGAUAUUCUUGUAAAUAAUGCAGGUAUUUUACGUGAUAAAAGUUUUAUGAAUAUGACAGAACAAGAUUGGGAUCUUGUACAUCGUAUUCAUUUACGAGCAGCUUAUUUAUUAACACAUGCAGCUUGGUCAUAUAUGAGACAACAAAAAUAUGGAAGAGUUAUAUUUACUACAUCAACAUCGGGUCUUUAUGGCAAUUUUGGACAGGCAAACUAUAGUGCUGCUAAAAUGGGUUUAGUUGGUUUAUCAAAUACACUUGCACUUGAAGGAGCUAAAUAUAAUAUAACAUGUCAUACUAUUGCACCAACAGCAUAUUCACGUUUAACACAAGAUCUUCUACCACCGGAUGCGGAAGAAAAUUUAAAACCAGCUUUUGUUAUGCCACUUGUUCUUUAUUUAUGUCAUGAAUCUUGUACUGAUACGGGUUCUUUAUUUGAAGUAGCUGGUGGAUGGAUAGGUAAAGUUCGUUUAGAAAAAUCAUCUGGUGCAAUGGUACGUCGUCCGAAUACACCAAUGACAGUUGAAGAUGUACGAGAUAAUUGGAAAGAUAUAAUUAGUUUUGCAACAUCACUACAUCAUUUAACACAAACUGAACAAGUAACACAUUUGUUAGAUACUAUAAGAAAAUUGAAUAAUAACGAUGAUGAUAAAGUUAUUACUCAAACAUUUUCUUAUACAGCAAAUCAAAUUAUUUUAUAUGCACUUUCUGUUGGUUGUUCAUUACGUCAACCGAAUUCAUUACGUUUUCUUUAUGAAAAUCAUGAAGAGUUUUCUGCUUUACCAACAUUUGCUGUUAUACCAGCUCAAUCAUUAUCAAUGAAUUUAAUUAGUUCAGGAAAACUUGGUAUUGAUAUUGAUUUAUUACGAGCUCUUCAUGGUGAACAAUAUGUUGAAUUAUUUGAACCAUUACCAACAUCGGGUACUGUGAUAUUAAAAGGAAAACUUGUUGAUGUACUUGAUAAAGGUUCCGGUGCUAUAAUUAUAUUUGAUGUGGAAAUGUAUAAUGAAAAAGAAAAAUUAAUUGCUCUUAAUCAAUUUGUGAUUUUUUCUGUUGGUUCAGGUGGUUUUGGUGGUAAAAAAACUAGUGAAAAUCAACGAAAAUCUCUUCCAGCACCACAACGAAAAUCUGAUCAAAUAUGUCGUGAAACAACAAAUAUUGAUCAAGCAGCACUUUAUCGUUUAAAUGGUGAUUCAAAUCCAUUACAUAUUGAUCCAUCAUUUGCAUCAGCAGCUGGUUUUCCACGUCCAAUUUUACAUGGUUUAUGUUCAUUUGGUUAUGCUGCUCGACAUGUUUUACAUACAUAUGCGAACAAUAAUCCAGCAUUAUUUAAAGCUAUUAAAGUUCGUUUUUCUAAACCUGUUGAACCUGGUCAAACUAUUGAAACACAUAUGUGGCGUGAAGGAAAUCGAAUCUUUUUUGAAUCAAAGGUACCAGAAUCAAAUCAAACGAUAUUAACAGGUGGUUAUGUUGACUUACACGAUGUCGUUCUUAAUACAAACACACCAGGCACUGCUCAGGAAAGUUCAACAUCAUCAUCUGAAGUAGAAUUAAAAGCUAAAACAGCUUUUGAUGAAAUCAAUAAACGUGCUAAAAGUCAACCAGACCUUGUAAAAAAGGUUGGUGCGAUUAUUGUAUUUGAUAUAACAAAAGAUGGAAAUUUUCAACGAAGUUGGACUAUUGAUGGAAAAAAAGGUACUAUUUAUGAAGGUAAACCGCUUGAAGGAACAACAGCACAAGUUACAAUUACAGUCGAUGAUAAUGAUUUUGUAGAUUUGGCUUCAGGCAAAGCUAACGCACCUGCCCUUUUUGCUAAAGGUAAAUUGAAAGUAAAAGGCAACGUUAUGUUAGCACAAAAAUUAUCUACAUUAUUCAAAGAUCAAGCUAAAUUAUAA